AUGCAUCUUCAGGAGAUUGCAAAUAUUGCUACUAAACCCUCUCCCGAAGCAUACGUUAAACAACAAUUAAAAGAAAUAUGCAUAGCAUAUAACGGUCCAAUAUUAACACUUAUGAGAAUAAAAGUGAUGACAGUUGACAAUUGUGAAUGGCCAAGCUCAGAAAAUGAAAAAUUACUAAAUAGGGCUAUUGACUUAUUUUGAAGAUUAGAUGCUUUUAUUCCAAAUGAGAAAAAAUUUGGGUCAUUUUUAGCA